CAAAGACAUUAAAUCUAUUACCCAUACCCUAAGAAUAAGAAGAUGUAAAGUAUAAGAGGGAACAACAAAAACCAUAUAUAUAUAAUUACAUUAUAUUGUCUUAUAACACAUAGUCUUUUAUGGCAAAACAAAUUUAGAAAAAAAAAAUAUUUUACAUUUUUUUUUCUUCAUAUUAUAUUUCGUUCAAAAUCGAAAAAAAAGUCACAAUAUGGGAAGAGGGAAAGUAGAAUUGAAGAGAAUUGAGAACAAAAUAAAUAGACAAGUUACCUUCGCAAAGAGAAGAAAUGGACUCCUUAAGAAAGCCUAUGAACUUUCUGUUCUUUGUGAUGCUGAAAUUGCUCUUAUUAUUUUCUCUAGUCGUGGCAAACUUUAUGAAUUUUGCAGCAACUCAAGUAUUUCCAAGACAUUGGAGAGAUACCACAGAUACAAUUAUGGUACACUUGAAGGAACCCAAACUUCACCAGAUUCACAGAACAACUACCAAGAGUAUUUGAAGCUUAAAGCAAGAGUGGAAGUGUUACAACAGUCUCAAAGGCAUUUGCUAGGGGAGGAUUUGGGACAAUUGGGCACAAAAGACUUGGAACAGCUUGAACGUCAAUUGGAUUCAUCAUUGAGGCAAAUUAGGUCAACAAAGACACAACACAUUCUUGAUCAACUUGCUGAACUUCAACAAAAGGAACAAUCUCUUACUGAAAUGAACAAAUCUUUGAGAAUAAAGUUGGAAGAACUUGGUGUUGCCUUUCAAACAUCAUGGCAUUCUGGUGAGCAAAGUGUACAAUAUAGACAUGAGCAGCCUUCUCAGCAUGAGGGAUUUUUUCAACAUGUAAAUUGCAAUAAUACAAUGCCUAUAAGUAUGGAACAAAUUCUUGAACGAUAUGAAAGAUACUCAUAUGCAGAGAGACGUUUGCUUGCAAAUAAUUCUGAAUCACCGGUGCAGGAAAAUUGGAGCUUGGAGUAUACUAAACUCAAGGCUAGGAUUGAUCUCCUGCAAAGGAACCACAAGCAUUAUAUGGGAGAAGAUCUUGAUUCAAUGAGCUUGAAGGACUUGCAAAACUUGGAACAACAGCUUGAUUCUGCUCUUAAGCUAAUUCGAUCAAGAAAGAACCAACUCAUGCAUGAAUCAAUCUCUGAACUGCAGAAAAAGGAAAGGGCUAUCCUAGAGGAGAAUAACAUGCUAACUAAGAAGAUUAAGGAGAAGGAUAAGAUAGUAGAGCAGCAAGGUGAAUGGCACCAGCAAACUAAUCAAGUUUCUACUUCAACAUCUUUCCUCUUACAACCACAUCAAUGCCUAAAUAUGGGAGGUAAUUACCAAGAUGAAGCAGCAGAAGCAAGGAGGAAUAAUGAGCUUGACCUAAAUCUUGAUUCAUUAUAUCCACUUUUCAACAUGAAUAAACAUCUAUGAAUAAUUUCAGUCUUGCAAAUCGCUUGCAACGUUGAAAGGAGCUCACUAUCAGGACAGAUGAAUAUAAGCGAUUAGCGAUAAACUCUA